CAGUCAGGAACUAGGAAAUUCUGACUUACCAGUUCAAAUGGAACGCACCGUAAAAUUCCUGCCCAUGAUGGAAUUGCACACAGUCAACACAGUAUUUUUGGCGCUCCUACAAAUAUGCCAAUUGAUUUCUAAUUUCAGGCAUCCACAGUCACGCAUAGGCACAGCCGUAGCUGUAUGAAAUUGUCCUCUUCACAAUCCAUUGUAAGGAACCCAGAAAGGUACAAAACCAGUCAAUUUCUAUCAUAACAAGGAAUAUGCUGAACCAGGACAUGAUUGGCAAAUGCAGGGCAAUUAGUGUAAUAAGGGUGCAUACUUCAUAGGAGACUGGGGAAUGUGUGCUUAAAUUCUCAUUUUGAAAGACCAAACCCUAGGAUUUCCUAGGCGGCUCCUCUGCUCCCAUUGGCUGGAGAGAGUCACAUGGGCAGGAUUGGGCACACCUCUGCUUAUAGCUGAGGUCCUCAGUGUACAUGAGAUUGUAGUGCACUCAUAGUGGGGAGACGUGUGGCAUUGGAAGACUCCGCAAUGGACAUGACAAACAUUUUCAAGCAUUUUUUUCGGAUCGGGAAGGUGAAGCGGAAACCCAGUGGGGGUGCGUCCUCCACCGCCGACCCUGACGUCAGCCCGGACAACGGCGAACGUUCCUUCCAGCUGAAUGCGCCGGCGCUGGUCAAGUUCCACUACGCGGCCGAGCGUGAGGAUGAGCUGUCGCUGGUCAAGGGCACGCGGGUCAUGGUCAUGGAGAAGUGCAGCGACGGCUGGUGGCGUGGCAGCUAUGGGGGGCACUGUGGCUGGUUCCCCUCCAACUACGUGACAGAGGACCUGGACUGCUCCCCGGAGGCGCCGUCUGUGUCGCUGACAGAGAAGCUGGCCAGCGCACUCCACGGCAGCUUCGAAGGUAGCGGCCGCACACUGGAUGUUGUCCAGGCCCUCUACCCCUUCAGCUCCGGCAACGACGAGGAGCUCACCUUUGAGAAGGGCGAGGUCAUGGACGUGCUGGAGAAGCCCGAGAACGACCCAGAGUGGUGGAAGUGCCGCAAGGCAGACGGCCGGGUCGGCCUCGUGCCCAAGAACUACGUGGCCGUGAGGCAGGACUCCCAUGAUUCACCCGAGGCCGCAGGGCCACCGCCACCUGAUUGCGACUACAUCGAGCCCGCCGCCACCGGCAGCUUCGCCGGCCAGCCGUGGUACUACGGCAAAGUGACACGGCAGCAGGCCGAGGUCGCCCUGAACCUCCGGGGUGGUGACGGCGACUUCCUCAUCAGGGACAGCGAAUCCUCCCCCCAUGACUUCUCCAUCUCCCUGAAAGCCCAGAGCAAGAACAAGCACUUCAAAGUGCAGCUCAAGGACGGCCUCUACUGCAUCGGCCAACGCAAGUUCAGCUCCAUGGAGGAGCUGGUGGAACACUACAAGAGGGCGCCCAUUUUCACGAGCGAGCAUGGCGACAAACUGUAUCUGGUGAAGGCGCUUUCCUCCUGAUUGCAUGGGCACCGUCCUUCUCGCAGCUCCACUCGGGCAUGAGAGUGGCGGGGUUCCUAUCUGCGAUGCCGAGGGGCGUCACCGUGGACGGACUGGACUAGACCCCUCAGUUUAAGCAGUUUUUGGGAUGUAUUAGCUCAGCUUAAACAGUAUCGAUAUUUCUUUUUUUUUUUUUAAAUCUUUAAUAUUUUUAUAAUAUUGUGGGCCAUUAGAAUGCAAUGUAUUAAAGUCUUCAGAAAGCUGUGCCAAGAAUCCUUUGUGAAUAUGCUGUGGGGGGUGGGGAUUCGGCAUCCCUCAAAUACUACUUCCUGUAAUGUAACUUGGCAAACCACACAUUCUCCUUUUUAAGUAUACAUAGAUCUUUAAAAACACAGUGACAUAGAUCAAUGGGGUCAUUCACUGACAGGAGAGCAGGGAGUCAGAUUGUUUCUCUCUGAAUGUGACCUGCAGUGCUGAUAUUCACAUGGUUCCCUCUGUGCACAUAAACACUGCAUAAUACAGGCAGGUUCCCAGACCAGUACCUUUUGUUAUAGGCUGAUGCCUGACCCAGAGCCUGGCUUGGCAGUGUCAUCAUUGGCUGUUUUUAUGACACCAGAGGGUGUGUUUGGUUUGUGGGCUGUAAAUUGGACAGAUUUUAAGUCUUUAAAUGUACCAUUAAAUGCCAUGUAUGGUUGUUUUAAGAAUAUGAACACUUCUGAACUGCUCCAGGGAAUUUUCUAGUACUACUAAUCAGCCUAAACUAGAUCCUGGUGCAGAGCUGUAACUGAAUUUGACCUGGCGUUGUCCUCUGCUGUUCCUGUCAGUGUGGCGGGGUGGUCUUUUGUUUGGUCUUCCUAGAUGCUGUUUUGGGGGAUUGGGCUUUUUAGGUGGCACCCUUGGGGCACAUGCUGAUUUUCCAGUUGCAAUUUUGUGUGGCAUUUCCUACUUUGGUUUGGGCUCUCUGGUGCCUUCUAAGCCCUCCUGUCAUGUGGUAUAUUUUUACAUCUUUAAUGUGCUGUUUACUGUGUUUGUUCUUCAAGGUCUGUCUCAGGAAUGUCCUCGAUUACGCACUCACUGCUCGAGUUGAGGCUAAUCACUCUGAGCCUGUUUCCUCUGGAUGAUGAGUCCAUGCUGGUCCAUUAUGGCUGCUGCAUUAGUUCCUGUUUUCAGGGUGAGAUGUCCAGGAAGGUGUAAGGUUCUCAUGUAGUCUGUUUGGCUGUCAGAUUGAUCUAAAACAUGGCUAUGGGUGGUUAUUUUUAGAGAGAGGCUGUUUAACCUUGUACAACCCCAGAGCAUGUCCAACAUGUGAAAAGAUCCACUCAGACUUGUCUGAGAACUUUGUCACAAUGACAUCUGCUUGAGUUGGUCUUCAGUCAAUAUGAGAAAUGAGGGUCCAGGUGUAUAGUUAUUACGCAGAAGGCCAGAGAGAUUAAGUGUAUGGGAGUAUAAAUUAUCAAAACAAUAUGAAAUGAAACCUCAAGUCCCUGACGUGACAAGCUUUUGCUGAAGGAUAUUUGGAUAUAUGUGUAAAUGGAUCCAUAAUCCCGAGGGAGAGACCGAUCGUGCCAUUGAAUCAUUCCUACCAUGUGCCUUACUUGUUUCUGACUCCGUCAAAGGUUUUGUUUAUCACACGCUUCUCUGUAACUCAUCUGUUUUCUGUCUGCUUUUUGCAGUGCUGGUUGUAAAUCUGUGACAUGCGUUUUCUGAAACCUUCUCCUUGAAGGGCCACUGUUUUGGUUGAAUAACUAAGGUUUGGGAGAAGGCCAAUUUACUUGAUAAACAUUUUCACCAUAAAAGCUAAAGAGUAUAUUCAACCUCAAGUGACCUUAAUGUACUGAAGUGUAAGUUCAUUGUGCUGUCAUGUGUAGCUAAUGAAUAAUUAUCUAGUUGGCUAAAUCAAGCUGUUCGCAAAUUCAGUGAUUUUCCAAUUCCUGAUGUUACUGCUGAGGACCAUACCGGUCCUUCUCACUCUGAGAUACAUUCUGUUUGGUUUCGUGUGUUCUGAGCCCUUCACGAUAGUUCUUCAUGGUGUUUUUCCAGGGCCUGAAUGCUUGGUUUGUGCAGUUUAUAUGCCUUGGUCUCUUUGGGAUAGAUCUCCCUACUGGCCCUGGGGGUCCUUGGAGCAGAUAAAUGGGGUUUACUGUGAAAACUCAAGGUUUUAUGAGUGUGGAGGGAGCAACAUGUGUAAUGUUAUAGAAUAUAUUUGACUCUUGCAAUAAAUUUACAUCUUAAAUGA